AUGGAUACCCCCAGUUUCCUUUCCUGUGAUGCUGAGGGUCGUGCUGUUGACUUUGAGGUCGGGGUCGAUGACCUCCAGCUGUUCCUACAGUGCGAUAGGGCAGACGGACUCUCCCUGUUUGAUCUAACCUCUGGUGCCUCUCCUGCCUGCCUAUUAAUGGUGACAGCACUGUUUGCUCACAGUGGGCCACACGCGAUGCUGCUGCCCGUCUUGCUGUGCGUCGCCACUUACCGACCACUGAGCGUGCGCACUUUAGUCGUCACCCGGCUCCCAAACUCCCUUCGCUUAGUCAGGGACCACUUCCUCUUAGUUUGGCCCACCACACUCACUAUUGACCUCCUCGAGGAGCGCCUCCUCGCAGCAGGGAAGAGCAUAGUCGCUGUAGGAGCCUCUCGUGGUGACCCUCGCACCCCCGUCUUUGAGGGGUGUUCUCCCUCCCCCCUCUUGCCCUCUGUUGCUUCUGCUGCUGCGGCCGACCACGUUGGCUUCGAGUCGGUCGCCGCUGCGUCUGCCCCUAGCGGGAGACGCCGCAGCAGCAAGGGUAAGGGGGGCAAGGGCGCUGGAGGGGCUGGCGGGGGCGAUGGAGGUGGUGGAGGCAGUGGAGGGGGUGGGGGUGGUGGUGGGAGUGGUGGCGGGGGUGGAGGUGUCGGUGGCAGCAGUGGAGGCGGAGGAGGCGGCGGCGGUGGCGGAGGGAGAGGAGGCGGCGGAGGUGGCGGAGGCGGCGGAGGUGGCAGAGGCGGCGGCGGCGGCGGCAGCGGUGGAGCUAGUAGCAGCUCUGCGCAGAGGAGUGGUUCCGGUGGUGUUGUGCACCAGCAGCAGCAGCGGACUCGUGAGACCCCGUCCCCCCAGCAGCUUCGUGAGUGGUACAAUGGACGUCAGCGAGGUGGGGGUAUUGGUCCCUGCACCUACGUCCUCCGUACCGGCGACCGUGCUGGUGAGCAGUGCGGGGGCCCGCACUCCACCCUACGCUGCUUCGGUCGCAUGACGGACGCGUGGCGUCACGAGUUCCCUGACGCCACUAAGAUCCCUCGCUGGGGCGAGCUGCUUAGGUCGGGGGUUGCUAUCUUUGAUCUUGAUGAUGAUGCUAUUCUUGCUGCCAUGUAUGCAGUAUCUACUAGUGAUGAGGGUGACUGUUACCUGUGUCUUCCGCCUGACCCAGGCAUUGAGGCUGCUGCUCUAGGUGCUCGUGAGGCUACUACUCCAGGUGCUAGUGCGUCUGUUGCCCUAGGUGCUAGUGAGUCUGCUCUCUCAAGUAACAUGUCGGCUCAGGCUUUACACACCUUCACCCUUGACUCGGGUGCUUCCCGCUCCUUCUUUCAAGACCGCACAACGCUUACGCCGCUUAGUCGGCCGGUUGCGGUCUCCCUGGCGGACCCCUCUGGGGGUCCUGUCCUUGCUAGCUUCUCCACUGUCUUAUCGUGUCCGGCAGCCCCCUCUGGCACCCUAUCAGGUCUCUACCUCCCCUUGUUCUCUAUGAACUUGGUGAGUGGAGCUGAUCUAUAG